UUUAAAACAAAGACUCUACAAAUGACCAUAAUCAUAAUGAAAAUGCGGCCAUCACUUUUUUUUUUUUUUUUUUUUGAUAAUUGAAAAACAAGUGAAAUUUCACUGUGGAGAUAGGCCUACUACAAGGAGGACAUUAACUAGCCUUGAAUCACUUGUUUAUUUUUGUCUUUAAACGUGUUUGGAGGUUUGGAUCCACUAAAUCCUAGCUGUUAAUUUCAAGGAAGGUCAGGGAAACAAGAAAUCUCUCCUAAAACAGCUUUGGGGUUAAAGCAAUCGGAUGUCAUCUAGCCAGUCCUGAAAUAAAGUUUUCUGAAAGCUGUCAGGGGCAAGCGAGGCCAGGCGAGGCGGCGGCCUGGAAUGAAAGAAAAUGGAUGGGAAGCAACACCGCUAGCCGCCAAGUUCUUAGAAAAGCAGAAGUUCGUCGUCCCUCCUCGCACGCACAGCGAGUGCUGGGAAGUGGCCUGCAUCCUGCCCUGAUUUGGGGGCCUCGCAGUUCACCUCCCGACAGUGCCCCAACCACCCGCUGCUUGGCAGGCUCUGCUGCUUGCAGAGCCCCUGCCCGUGCCGCACGCCCAGGGCCGUGGAAUCCCGAGCCGCUCCGGCCUGCGCCCAGCGCCUCCAGGCACCAACUUCUCCGUGGGACCGGCCCGAACUCUCCCGAACCGCACUUGGCGGCGCCGCGGCCGAAGUCCAGCAAGGACUCCUCCGGCGCGGCAAAUACUCGCUCCGACCGAAGCCACCGCCGCGCGGGUCCUGGGUCGGGGAGGGGAACCCCGAGUAGCCUCCCGAGGCCGCCUGGACUCCCGGGCCCCGGCGGAGCCUCGGCCCCGAGACGCGGGGACGACUCGCGAGCGCGGCGGGCCUCGCCCCCUCCCUCCCCGCCCUCCGCGGGCUCCAGCCUGGAUCCUACCUGGCUCCCAGGCCGGGUGCGAGCAGCAGCCGGGGGCGCGGAGGCCCCGCGCGCGACGAGGGCGGCGGGGGUUGGGACGACAGCGGCCCGCGCGGCUCCCACGCUUCCGCCGGAGUCAGGAGUUGAACAUUCCGCCUCUCUGCGCGGCGCCAAUGAGGAAGACAGUCACGGCAACAGCACCACCUAUCUCCCGGCGCGGAACGGCCGGGCCGCCCUCCCCUCACACGCGCGGGCAAGCGGGGCGUGGGGAAGGCGCUUGGGCCUCCCUGGCCUGCGCCCGGGGGGCACCAUCCGCCCCGCGCCCCGGCACCCGCCGAAGCCCCCAGACACACCUGCCCUGCUGUCGGGGGAGAGCUAUAUUCUGAAACUGCCACCAGCUGUCAGUGGAUGA